GGGACCAAGUAACUCAGAGGGUUGAAAUUCGUAGACAUUGCGAUAGUGACCUCCUUGACUGAUUUUCUGUGAGACAAACGAACACUAUUUUGAAUUCUACCUUAAUUUUUUUACGCAUUACUGUCGAAAAAUGGUAAUGAACGCUGCCAGAGCAAUCCUCAAACAGGGGAAAAGCGCUUUGCUAAUAUGCGACGUCCAAGAAAAGUUUGCUAAGGCUAUGCUCGAAUUUGAUAAGGUCACGCAAAACUCGGUAAAACUGAUUGACGCAUUAAAGCUCUUAGAGGUCCCGAUAUUAGUUUCUGAACAAAAUCCAAAUGCUUUGGGUAAAACAAUUCCUGCAUUCGAUAUUUCUGGUGCCAAAGGACCGUUCCCAAAAACUCAAUUUAGCAUGUGCACACCUGAAAUAACUAAAGAACUUUGUACAAUUUGUUCCGGUCAAAAACCAGAAGCAAUUAUCCUAAUUGGUCUUGAGACCCAUGUAUGCAUAGAGAAUACUGCAAUUGACUUAAGACAGAAUGGAUAUGAAGUGCAUACUGUUGCAGAUUGUUGUACUUCACGUACUCAAGAGGAUAGAUUAUUGGCUUUAGAGAGGAUGAGAGGAAUUGGGUGUCAUAUAACUACCUCAGAGAAUGUUAUUUUUAAAUUACUGGCAGAUGCCAAUCAUAAAGAGUUCAAAAAUAUUCAGCGUUUAGUAAAGACACCAACCUUGCCUACAGGCCUUACCUCAAAAAUAUGAAUUACUAUGACAAUACUUUAUUAUGCCAUAGUUAAGUCUUUACAUAAUAAUUGAAUAUUACAUAAAACUAUUCUGUUUUUGUGAUAUUUUGUACGAAUUUUGUUAUUAAAUUUUUAGGU